AUGGGAUGUAUAAAAUCCAAACAAAAAGAGAAUCUGCAUGGAGAUGGGCUAGAUGUGAAGAACAAAUCAGUACGUAAAACUGAACGAACUAUUUAUGUGAGGGAUCCAACGUCCAAUAAACAGCAAAGGCCAGGAAAUGAAGAUAUUCUUUUGCCAGGUCAAAGGUUCUAUCAUGAAGAGGAAGAGAAAGAGCAUGGGGACAUUGUGAUAGCCUUAUAUAUUUAUGAAGGCAUGCAUGAAGAUGACCUGUCUUUCAAAAAAGGAGAAAAAAUGAGAAUUAUGGAGGAACAUGGUGAAUGGUGGAGGGCUAAGUCCCUUGUAACUAAGAAAGAAGGAUUUAUCCCAAGCAAUUACGUUGCAAAAGUCAAUACCUUAGAAACAGAAGAAUGGUUCUUUAAAGACAUAACCAGAAAAGAUGCAGAAAGGCAACUUCUAGCUCCAGGAAAUGCUCCUGGAGCAUUUCUGAUCAGAGAGAGUGAAACAUUAAAAGGAAGUUAUUCAUUAUCAAUAAGAGACCAUGAUGGACAAAAUGGUGAUGUUGUUAAGCACUACAAAAUCAGAAGCUUAGACAAUGGAGGCUAUUACAUUUCUCCAAGAAUCACUUUUCCCUGCAUCAGUGAUAUGAUCAAACAUUAUCAAAAGCAAGCAGAUGGCUUAUGCAGAAAGCUAGAGAAAGCAUGUAUCAGUCCUAAGCCACAGAAACCAUGGGAUAAAGAUGCCUGGGAAAUCCCUCGAGAUUCAAUCAAAUUAGUGAAAAAACUUGGAGCGGGUCAAUUUGGAGAAGUUUGGAUGGGUUAUUAUAAUAACAAUACCAAAGUGGCAGUUAAAACUUUGAAACCUGGUACUAUGUCCGUCCAAGCAUUCAUGGAAGAAGCCAACCUGAUGAAAACACUUCAGCAUGACAAGUUGGUCAGACUAUAUGCUGUAGUCACCAAAGAAGAACCUAUUUACAUUAUAACAGAAUUUAUGGCAAAAGGAAGCUUGCUGGAUUUUCUGAAGAGUACAGAAGGGACAAAAUUACUACUACCAAAGCUCAUUGAUUUCUCAGCUCAGAUUGCAGAAGGGAUGGCAUACAUUGAAAGAAAAAAUUACAUACAUCGGGAUCUUAGAGCUGCAAAUGUUUUAGUUUCGGAUGCGCUUAUGUGUAAAAUUGCUGAUUUUGGCCUUGCAAGAGUAAUUGAAGAUAAUGAAUACACAGCCAGGGAAGGUGCAAAGUUUCCUAUCAAAUGGACAGCACCAGAAGCCAUUAACUAUGGUUCUUUUACUAUUAAAUCAGAUGUGUGGUCCUUUGGCGUUCUUCUGUAUGAAAUAAUUACUUUUGGAAAAAUUCCUUAUCCAGGUAUGAGUAAUUCUGAUGUAAUGGCAGCCCUUCAACGUGGUUAUCGCAUGCCAUGCAUGGAAUCUUGCCCUUCUGAGCUUUAUGACAUUAUGAAAACAUGCUGGAAAGAUAAAGCAGAAGAGAGACCAACAUUUGAAUAUUUACAGAGUGUCCUUGAUGAUUUCUACACAGCUACUGAAGGACAAUAUCAGCAGCAACCGUAGGGGGGGGGGAAGAAUUGUUGCUCUUAUUUCCAAAUGGAAGGAACUUUUUAAGAAGACAAUGUGAUUGAGCCAAUUCUUUUAUACUUACAAACAUAUGUGUGUUGAAAUACCCUAAUUGUUUGUGGAACCCAAAAUUGAAAGUUAGAGCUCAAGUGGGUAAGACAGAUUAUCAACAUCUUGCUGAAGACUUGAAAGUUUGUUUUCUUCUUCACUGAUGCUUUCUUUGUAUUUAUAUUAAGUAAACAACUAGCUGAAAUGAAUUAUGAUAUAAUAGAAGAUCAUCUUCUGUAUAAAAUCCUGGUGCAAAAUCAAAACUCCAUGAAGUCAAGCAACAGCUACUCCAAAUAUCCUUGUGCAACAUGCAUCUGGGGAAAAAUAUUAGUCUGUUUUACAGCUGAGCUAGAAGUUAUAUGAAGUGCUGCAUUUUGUUUACUGAAAAUCUGCCAAAGAUCUGAGGGAAUCCCUUUAUCUUUUUACCAUUUCUUUGCAAAAAAAGUUUUUGUAAAAAUCUAUUCUAUAAGCAUGGCUGAAAAUUUCCCUUUAAAGAUAUCCUUCAAAAAUGGAUCAUAUAAAAUAUGCUGGAAUUGAGAAGAAAAUGAUAUCACUUUAGAAUAAUCUUUUGUGGUUUUCUGGAAUUCAAUAGCUAUUUCCCAUUCCAGAAUUUUUCCCACUCUGUUUAUGUCAUUUUAUUAACUGUGUUUAGGGAAAAAGCCAACUGAAAUGUGUAGCUUUAAGUUGCAUAUUGCAACUAAAAGAAGUAUGUUUUGGCACACAUAAAUUAUAUGGUGAAAAAUAAUUGAAUACAUUUAGAAGCAAGAAUCCUAGAACACAACUCAUAUUAAACAAUAUGGUAGUCUUUCAAAGAGAAUUCACAAUAGUGUGCAUCAGGAUUUUAGUAAUUCUACCCAUCCACUCAGAUACACACACACACACACACACACACACACACACCCACACACCCUUUAUUAUAUAUGAGGAGGACAAUGUUUUGGGUGAAUCUUCUGAAAUGCUUUCCACCAUUCCAUUAUUAUUGGAACACAAUGAUUAAACCUAUGCUCAGUAGUGCUGGUCAAUACUGUUAUAUACUUUUAAUGAAGAAAUUUAUUUUGUAGACUGAGUAAUCAGACUGUCAACUUGUAAAUAUAAUUUCAAUGUUUUUGUGAUUUUAAUAAAUAAGCAUUAUUGAAAA